AUGAUUGAAACUCAACUUGCUCAACUAUCCAAUACCAUCAAAGAGCAUCAUGUGCACACAAGUCUCCCGCCCCAAGGUCAAGCACCACGGCAAAUGAAUGCCAUUGUUACUAGGAGUGGGAAGACUCUAGGUGAUGGCGUUAGUGCUAGUAAUGUUUCCGAGUCAAAAGGGGAAGAACAAAAGGGGGUUGUUGAGUUGAAUGACGAUGAUGCGGUAGAGAGGAGACUGACGUUGAUGAUGAAGUUUCAUAUUACCAUUCCCUUUACGGACGCAUUAAAACAAAUGCCUACCUACUCUAGAUUUCUUAAGGAAAUUUUGAGUGGGAAGAGAGAUUGCGACGUAAAGAAAAUGAUCAAUUUAACCGAGAAUUGUAGUGCCAUUAUUCUCAAUCAAAUGCCCCCAAAACUCAAGGAUCGGGGUAGUUUCACUAUCCCUUGUGCAAUCAAAACCCUUGAAAUUGGGAAUGCCUUAUGUGAUUUGGGGGCUAGUGUUAGUUUGAUGCCAUACUCGGUAUUUACGAAGCUUGAAAUUGGCGAUUUAGUCCCUACCAAUAUUACAUUGCAACUUGCCGAUCGUUCGGUCAAAUAUCCUAUUGGCAAAGUUGAGGAUGUACCAUUGAGGGUAGGAAAAUUCAUCAUCCCCGUCGACUUUGUUGUGCUUGAUAUUGAUGAGGACGCUCAUGUCCCUAUUAUUCUUGGUAGGUCGUUUUUUGCCAUGGCGGGGGCCAUCAUUGAUGUUAAACAAGGGGUAAUCACCUUGAAGGUGGGAAAGGAUAGUCUUACUUUUGAUUUGACUAAUACUAUGCACUAUCCUAGCUCACCAAGUGAAAAUUGUUUCUUUGUUGACUCCCUUGAUCCCCUUGUCCAUGAUAUGCAUGAGCACUUGCUAAUUUCUAACGAUCCUCUUGAUCUUGCUAUCUUGAAUAGGGAAGGUUUAGGAAAUUUAGGGUUUGAAGUGGCCAAAUACAAGGAGCAAUAG